ACUCCCAAUAACCCCACAUAUAAAUACCUUCUUUAGGGUUUUUUCAACGUCGUACACUCUCAAACUCCCGUCAUUUUCAUUUUCACUACAGCUUCUUCAAUAACACUAAUCAUGGUUGAGUGAGGAGGAGAUCGCAGCGACUUUUGCAGAGGCUUUGGUGGUAGAGAUUGUGGUGGCGAUUGUGGAUGUGGACGCCGUCGUGUUGGCCGCCAUGACGAAGACGACUGUUCUUCUAUCGGCAUUGUGUAGUUUUUCGCUUGAACAUGGUGAGUUUUUGCUUAGACAUGAUCCGAAAAACGACGCGGUGGAAGAACAAGUGGAAAUUUGGACGGAUUUUGAUUUUCUUUCUGAGUUUGGAUCUUCAAAGACGGUGGUUGAUGAUGCAGAGUUUCCGGUCUUCUUUGGUGUUCCUGCGGUGAAGAUUGAAUUUAGAAAACUUGAGAAACUUCCUCCUGGUGAAAUCGGUCGCAUCACCUUCUUUAAAUUAUUGUUUUGGCUGCGAGGACUUGCAAUUGUAUAUAUUUUUUGCUUCAACAAAGGCAGCGUGACAUUGAGUUUAGGAAAUCUUAUAAUGAACAGAGAUAGAGGGAAGAGCACUGUGGCCUGUGCCUUGAGUCAAAGCUUAUACAAAAUAGGAAAGUUAGCUUAUAUCCUCGAUGGGGACAAUGUGAGGCAUGACCUGAAUCGCGACCUUGGUUUUAAAGCAGAAGAUCGUGCUGAGAAUAUAAGGAGGGUCGGUGAGGUUGCAAAAUUGUUUGCAAACGCUGGAGUUAUUUGCAUUGCUAGUGUGAUAUCUCCAUAUCGAAGGGAUCGAGAUGCCCGUCGUGCCAUUUUGUCUGAUGGAUACUUUAUUGAGGUGUUCAUGGAUGUUCCUCUUGAAGUUUGUGAAGCAAGAGAUGCAAAAGGACUGUAUAAGCUUGCAUGGGCAAGGAAGAUCAAAGGUCACUGCAACUUGUUAUCAUCUUCCUUAGAUUUACUUGAUGAUCUCUUCAAACUUUUAUAGGCUUUACUGGUAUCGAUGAUCUGUACAAAGUACCAUUGAAUUGUGAGGAUGAUUGAAGUCAUCAGAUUGGAAGCUAAGCGAUUGUGUAGAUAGCCAGGCGGUCGUUGAAGGUUGAAGACUGAGAAGGCGUUUAGGAUUUCUUAUUUAAGUCUUGUCUUAGGAUCUUGUUUUAUGUACUAUUGUAGAAUGUAUAUAUAAACACAAUAUUAAGUUUUCAUUUUGUGUAUACAAAUGUAAAAGAUAAAUAUUAUAGUUUCU